GCGCUGUUUUUAGAAAAACCAUUCUACCCAAUCAGAUUGCUGGAGCUCAUGGAUUGCCUGAUUGACGCACCUGCAGUACCCAGGCUGGCCAGCUCCUUGGCUUACUGUGAUGUUCUCACUACUCUGGUGCUGGAUUAUAAUGAGUUCGGCGACAAGGGCUGUCAGCAUCUGUGUGAAGGGCUGGAGAGAAACGUGACGCUGCUCUCCCUCAGUCUGUGCUACUGUGACUUACAAAUAGAAAGUGGGAAAUAUCUGGGUCACAUUCUCUCCACAACGGCUCUCAGAGAACUGUACCUAGAUGGCAAUGAGCUGCAGUGCGAGGGGACCAUGGAGCUGAUCAAGCUGUGUGUGGACCAGGGAGAGAUAGAAGCCUACCAGAGGGAGGAGGAGGCCAAGAGGAAAGCAGAGGAGGAGGCACUGCUGGCAGAACAAGAGACACAACGCAAAUACGACUUGACCAGCGCCGGAGAUUAUAGCGGCAGUGACAAGGAAGGCAACUCUAAGCCUGGCAGUGGGAAGAAGAAAAAGAAAAAGAAAGGUAAAAAGAAAAAGAAGAGCAAAGAGCCUGCAGGUCCACCCCCAGUAGGCCCGUGGGUCCACAAACUUCACCUAGCAGACAACGGCAUUGAUGGCUACGGGGACAUGGGGCAUUUUGCUCCCAUCAUUUGCAUGAGGCUUUUCAAAAAGCUUCUCAUGAACUCUAAGUGUGUAGAGGAGCUUGACCUUGAGGAUAACAAUAUUGGGGAGCUUGGAGGUCGUGAGAUCCUGGACGGGCUGGAGUUUCGUAAAGAAGCCAAGCUCGGAGGAGUGAAAGUUCGCACAACACACCUCAUGACCUCUGAUACCUUCAACUCCAUUGUGAAACUGGGAAAUGGCCUCACAAAGAAAGGGAAGAAGAAGGGGAAAAAAGGGAAAAAGAAAAAGAAGUGAAAACAAACUACACAGCUUUGAAUUUGAUGGUGGGACCACAACG